AGUCAGCGUUGCUGUUUCCUGCCAUCUCUGCUGAUCACAUCUGGAAUGUUGUUCUACACCACCAAUGCUCAGGUGGGGAACCUGUUCGACAGCCACCGUUCCACGGUCAUAUCGGUCUACGCCGGGGCCUUCGACUCCUCCGCCGCUGUCUUCCUCAUCAUCAAGUUUUUGUAUGAAAGAGGGGGUCUCUUUCCACUCCUCCUGCCUCGUUCUUCCGUCUGCAGCGUCAUCCACGUCUCCGGACAUUCUUCCUCAUGCCCAAGACCCACAUCCCCUACCCACUCCCCGACAGAUACGCUUACGGGGUGAGCUGCGGUGGCCGGCUUGGAAGAGAGGGGAGGAGAGAGGAGAUAAGGAGGGAGGAGGAGAGAGAGAAAAGGAGAUGUGAAUGCCAAAUAUCAGAGGAAUGCUGGUUACAGAAGGCCGAGAGUGCCCCGCUGCAGGUUGCAGGACAAAG